GCAUUUUCAGGGAAACCGCUUGCGUGCGAAGAAGAUGCUGGGACGUGCAAGUUGAUGGAAGAGAUGUUUGAAUUCCGGAGGGUGCAAGGAAGAAAAGAGGAAGGGAGGUACAAGUUCAUACUGGAUGUUGAUGGAAAUGGCUGGUCUGGUCGUUUCAAGAGACUUGUCACCAGCAACGCACUGAUACUCAAGGCGUCCGUGUAUCCAGAAUGACAUCCCGCAUUGCUGAAUGGG